CAUCCCCAAGGGUCACGGAGAGCAUCGGGGAGUUGGCCGCCUGGCGAAAGCGCAGGAAGCGAAGCGAAGGUUCCCGUGUAGACAGGAAGGGCCGCUCAGCUGCCGGGAAAGAGAAAGGGCGGUCCUUUGCGCACGCUCGAGGCCAGCGGGGAUUGGUGAGCUCUGCCGCUUGCUCGGAAGCCGUCAUUUCUGAUCAGGCGCCUGUGAAACACCUCCGCGCGACAGGUAGAAAUUCGUCUUGUUCCGGACAACUAAGCUCAGAGCAGAAGGAAGUUUCCUGCUUCUUCUCAUCUUCCAGUGAAACUGCUUGGAAGGAGGUUCAGGAACAGGCAAAAUGAGCAUUUCUUCACAGGGCGUGGAACUAACGAGUGGAAUUCCCUGCCACUAGAUGUGGAGAGCUUUGGAUUCUUGAGCCCAAAGCAGCACCAGCAGCUUGCAACAGACACCACAGUCCGUGACUUAGCAGAGAGGCCUGGACUCGGAGUGACUCUGCCGGGGAUUUUGGCUUAUCUUCCUGGUGUGGGCUGAGCUCACUUCUGAAGGAUUUCUGUUCUGUGGCUAGAGAGGAAGUCUUGGUGGGGGCCAUGAGUCGAAUGGGGAGGUUGGUUUGUUUCCUCUGCCUGUGGCUCCCUCAGCUGCCAUGUGAAGGGUCCAGGGAUACCCAACCUGAACAGGCGCACCUUUCUUAUCCAGGAGACCCCACCUCCAUGAUAGUCACAUGGACGACCUUUGACCCAGCAGAAUCCAUUGUCAUGUUUGGCCCCGAUCCGGGAGCGGCCUUCACUCGCUCAGCCAGAGGAGAUGCCACUCGGUUUGUGGAUGGUGGGGAGCUGGGCCGCUCCAUGUUCAUCCACCGCGUCGCCCUCCAGGGCCUUGUGCCGGGUCAGCGCUAUGCCUAUCGCUGUGGGAGCGAGGAGGGCUGGAGCAGACCCUACAGUUUCCAGGCCUUUCUGAAAAGCAGCAACUGGAGCCCACGCUUUGCUGUGUUUGGGGACAUGGGCCUGGAGAACCCGCAGUCCUUGCCUCGGUUGCAGCAUGAGGCUGAAAUGGGCUUGUACGAUGUGGUGCUUCACGUAGGGGAUUUUGCCUACAACUUGGACACGGAUAACGCCUAUGUCGGAGACGCCUUCAUGAGGAAAAUUGAGCCCGUUGCUGCCUUGGUGCCAUAUAUGACUUGCCCAGGGAAUCAUGAAGAAAAAUACAACUUCUCCAACUACCGUUCCCGCUUCAGCAUGCCCGGACACACGGAGAGCCUCUGGUACAGCUGGGACAUUGGCCCUGCCCACAUCAUCUCCUUCUCCACUGAGGUGUACUUCUUCUUGAAAUAUGGAGAGCAGCUUGUUGCAGAGCAAUUCCAGUGGCUGGAGAAGGACUUGCAGGAGGCGAGCCAGCCUGAAAGGCGCAAGGAACGCCCUUGGAUCAUUACCAUGGGGCACCGGCCCAUGUACUGCUCCAACAACGACCAUGAUGAUUGCACGCUGCAUGAGAGCAUCGUUCGCCGAGGGCUUUAUCCCCACCAGUACGGCUUGGAGGACUUGUUCUACAAAUAUGGAGUUGACCUGGAGCUGUGGGCCCACGAACACUCCUACGAGAGGCUCUGGCCGGUCUACAACUACAAGGUUUACAACGGCAGCACCAAGGCCCCUUAUACCAACCCUGGUGCCCCUGUUCAUAUUAUCACUGGAUCAGCUGGCUGUAGAGAGCGGCUAGACCCCUUUGUCCCCGAACCGCGAGACUGGAGUGCCAUGCGGAUUGAGGAUUAUGGGUACACCCGCAUGCAGAUCCUCAACAGGACUCACCUCUGGCUGGAACAAGUGUCGGAUGACCAGGGUGGGAAGGUUGUGGAUGGGAUCUGGCUGAUCAAGGAGUGGCAUGGGCCUGAAGCAUGGCACUAGCACUGCACUGAGAGAUCCUCGGUGACCUCCCUGCUCCCUUCCUGGUCUAGACGGUCGCUGAGGUUUUUUGCCAUCCGAUAACUAGCAGCCUCCAAUGGAGGAAGAAGCCACAAGACCGACCCCCCACCCCACCCCCCAACGGCAGUAAUAAGCGCCUAAGAAGAACGCUGGAGCUGGAUCAAGCCAAAGGGGGCCCAUCUAGUCCAGCAUCCGGUUCUCACAGUAGCCAACCAAAUGCCCCAAUGGGAAGCCCACAAGCAGGACCUGAGCACGACAGCAUUCUCCCCACUUGUGAGUUCCAGGAACAAGUAUUCAGAGGCUUACUGCCUCCCACAGUGGAGGCAGAGCGUAGCCGUUGUGGCUAAUAGCCAUUGAUAGCCUCCCUUCUCCUCCAUGAAUCUGUCUAAUCUUUUAAAGCCGUCCAAGUUGGUGGCCAUCACUAAAACUGCAAGGAGACUUAGCCAUCUCCUGACUGUCUGCCCGAGGACUGGAGAGAGUGCAGCAUCCUGCUCAACUACCCCCCCCAGCCAUUUUCUUGCAAACCCCACAUUAGGAGCCAGUCACCCAAGAGCUAAUUCUUUCUCAGGGUUUGGUAAAGCAGCCAGCUGACACCUCUUUGGUAAACAGGGUGCUGUGCAAGGUACCGAAGAUGUCCCUCUUGUCCAGUGGCUGGACUAGCGUUAUGUACCAACAUUGAACCCAACUAAGGAAAGAGGUGGGGAAUUAGGUCUGUCAAAGCAGGCACAUAAAUAGCCACUCACCUGGUCUCAUAUGGAUUCCUCCAUGGACCGCCUAGAAGAACAAACCUUGCAGAAAGUGCUUGUUCUUUUACCCUGACGCCAUAAAAGAAUAGCGUAGGUAUAUCUAAGCAGGCAGUCUAGUCAAUAGCCCCUCCAUGGACAGACAGACUGUCUGUGGACGUACUUGCACGGCUGCUUCAGAGUAGGUCACAAGAAGAUAAGCUCAGUUCUGCUUGAUCAAGCCAAACACUAAUCUGGCCCAGCCUCUUGCUUCUGACAGUAGCCAACGAGAUAUCUUCAGCCAAGCCAACAAGCAGGACUUGAAGUCAAUAGCCCUUUCCGCUGUUACUCCUAAGCAGCUGCUAUUCAGAUAGACUGCCUCUGAAUCUGGCAGUUCCACACAGUUUCAGAGAUCUCAUCAUGACUAGUAGCCAUUAAUAAACCCUCUCCUCCUCCCUGAGUUUGCCCAUCUCCUUCAGAAGCUGUUAGUGGCCAUCACAUCUCACAGCAACAAAUUUCAUUAUUUAAUUACGUAUUAUGUGAAGAAGAAACUUCUUUUGUCUGUCCUGAAACUACUGCUAGUCACUUUCACUGGAUGACUCCAUUAGGGUCUAGUAUUAUGAGAGGAGGAGGAAACCUGCUGUCUUCUCUCUGUAACUGAGCACAGGAAGGUCAUACUGGAGUUCCUGUAGGAGUCAUUUAUUUUGCAUCUGAGUUCCUGGGUAACUACCAAGAUAACUGCAGUUGGAUCCUGCUUUGGUGUCUUGUGUUUUCCAUAUCAUCCUCCAAUAGCACAGAAUAGGAUUCUGUCCUUUUCUACAGUCCAGUCCUUUAACUUGCUCCUCAGCCGACCGUUCAUCUCCUUUAGCAAUACUAAAACUGACGUAGGUGUUUGAUUCACCACUCACAACAUGACUGAAUGGAAAGGGAAAGAAAGUCUUGCUGGCAUGUAAAUUGCAGAUGAAAUUCAGAUUAUGAAAAGGUAAAUUGUGAACAAUGUGCAACUGCAAGCUUUUGCAAGACAGUGAUAAUUGCUGGUAUUAACACAAUUGUGUGAAGUGUGUUUUUGCUGUAGCGAUAAUUAAAACUUUUCCAUAUGAAAGAAAUUACUUGAAUAAAAGUUUGAAAUAAGGAAGGGAAGCCUGGAAUUAAAAAGUUCAUUUUUAAUUCAAAGUUCUGAAAGAGAUGCUUGUAUAAAUACUUGUUCAAGGAUACAUAUACUGAAACUUGCCAAUGUGAAAGUCUGGUCAGUUUGACCCCUAAUAAAGAUGUGGCACAGGAUGGUCACAGAAGGAACAAA